ACCAGAAAUGUGAUCAAGACUCGCGGUUGCUUCUGCACUGAACAACCGGCACCAUGAAGAAACACCUUACUAUCGUCAUCAAACUUGGCACCUCGUCAAUUGUUGACGAAAAGAGCCACGAACCCCUCCUCUCCAUCCUUUCCACCAUCGUCGAAACAGCCUGCAAACUUCAGAAAGAUGGACAUCGCGUAGUCAUUGUGUCUUCCGGCGCCAUUGGCGUCGCUCUAGGUUACAUGCAGAUGGAACGCAGACCAAAGCAUCUUCCUCAGGUCCAAGCAUUGGCUGCCAUCGGACAGUGCAAGCUCAUGAGUCUGUGGGAUCAAUUGUUCAUGCACAGGAGGCAGCCAAUUGCCCAGAUUCUGCUCACGAGAAACGACAUCGCCGAUCGCACACAGUACCUGAACGCUCAGAACACUUUUAUCGAAUUGAUCCACAUGGGCGUCAUCCCUAUCGUCAACGAGAACGACACCCUGUCAGUUGCUGAGAUCAAGUUUGGUGACAAUGACACGCUCUCAGCCAUCACUGCUGCUAUGGUUCAGGCCGAUUAUCUGUUCCUCAUGACCGACGUCGACUGCCUGUACGACAGCAACCCUCGCACAAAUCCCAAUGCCAAAGCCAUUGAGGUCGUUGAAGAUAUCGGAGACCUAGUCGCCGAUGUCUCGAGUGCCGGUUCAUCAGUUGGCACUGGCGGUAUGGCUACCAAGAUUACCGCCGCCCGAUUAGCAACCUCCGCAGGUGUGACCACUAUCAUUACCCGCUCGGACAAGCCUGGAAACAUCGCCAACAUCGUCACAUAUGCCGAAUCAAAGAAGGCAGAAGAACUUGCAGCUAAGCGCUCAUCACGACAAGGUUCAACAGAUGGUUCAGACUCACUGAGCAACUCAACGAGCAACCUGACUCUAGAAGAUAGCUCGCUUGUGAAGAAGGCAGUCGUCAAUGAAGCCUCGAGCACUAACGGUGCCGUGGAACCCAAACUUGAUGAGCCGUCACGACCUCCGCUACACACACGCUUCAUCCCAGACCUCCAUCCUAUUCGAGACCGCUACUUCUGGCUGCUGUACGGUCUCGCACCACAUGGAACAGUCUACAUCGACAAGGGCGCACACAGAGCUCUAGCCGACAAGGCUGGUCUGCUGCCAGCAGGCGUAGUGGAGGUCGAGGGUAACUUCGCACAGCAGGAAGCGGUGCGGAUAGUGGUGGUGCAGCGCAAGUCAAGAGGGUCAUUCGAGUUUGAGAAGGAGGAUCCUGCACCGUUCGAGGUCGGUAGAGCACUGGUCAACUACUCGGCAGCGGAAAUUAAGAGAAUCCGCGGCGUCAAGAGCACAGAGAUUCAUGGUGUUUUGGGCUAUGCCGAUAGUGAGUACAUUGCGUUGAGAGAGAACAUCGCAUUCGGCAAUAGACAGAGCAGACCGACUACCCCGAGUCGCAUGUCGAUGAGCCAUGAGGCCGAACAGAGACAUUAGAUAUCCCUCGAUGAUUAAAAAGCGAGGCCAGUCGUGCCUUCCUCCAUGACGGAGAAUAAUAUCAGGAGCUUGAGGACGAGAAAUUAGCUUUAGCGGCAUAAGGUAGUUGCAAAACAAGAACAGUUGUCUUCAGUCCU